CCCUUGUCAUUCGCAGAACCACGAGGUACUGCCAGGGUUUCCACAGUGCCUGCGUCCUCUUGGCUGUUACAGGCCCUCUAGAGUGAGGCCCGGCGCAGGAGGCCGCGCGCACCCCACGACCUCUUCCAGGGGGGCCUGGAGCAGCCCUCCGCACCACCGAGGGCCAGCUGUGCUUCCCGCCGCGCGUCCUGAGGUUACACUCCUGCCCUUUGCCGAACGCACCUGCGCCCGCGGAGCGCGGGGUGGGCUUGGGGGGCUCCGGACCGCUUUUCUUCCGGGAAGCACGCGGCGGGACGCGGGCUCCGGACUCCCUGGGGGCAGCCUUGCUGUGGGUGAACAAGCGCGGAGGCCGAGCUUCUUGCAAACGGACUCCAAGGAGCAACGACCUUCGCGCGUCACCAAAGUGACUGCCUGGGUGCCCAACGAGCCCGGCUCCUGCAACUCACGGGCGGCCACUGCGCAGGCGCCUCUCCCGGCUGGCGGCCCCGCCCUGCUCCGACUGGCUGCUCCAUGGCGCUGUGCGAGGCAGCGGGCUGCGGCAGCGCCCUGCUCUGGCCUCGCUUGUUGCUCUUCGGGGACUCCAUCACCCAGUUUUCCUUCCAGCAGGGUGGAUGGGGAGCAUCGCUGGCUGACAGGCUGGUCAGGUUACAAUACCAGAUGGGCCAAAAUUAUCCUUCCAAGAUUAAUCAGGAAAGGAAACAGUUUGGACAUCCCAGUAGCAGUUACAAUUUUCUUUGGGGCCAAUGACAGUGCACUAAAAGAUGAGAAUCCCAAGCAGCACAUUCCCCUGGAGGAGUAUGCUGCAAAUUUAAAGAGCAUGGUGCAGUACCUGAAGUCUGUGGACAUCCCUGAGAAUCGAGUCAUUCUCAUCACGCCGACCCCACUUUGUGAAACAGCCUGGGAAAAAGAGUGCAUCAUACAAGGUUGCAAACUAAAUCGCCUGAACUCUGUUGUUGGUGAAUAUGCCAAUGCGUGUUUACGAGUGGCCCAAGACUGUGGGACUGACGUACUUGACCUGUGGACCCUGAUGCAGGACAGCCAGGACUUCUCUUCUUAUUUAUCAGAUGGACUACAUUUGUCUCCAAAGGGGAAUGAAUUUUUGUUCUCGCAUCUCUGGCCUUUGAUAGAGAAAAAGGUCUCUUCUCUGCCUUUGCUGCUUCCUUACUGGCGGGAUGUAGCAGAAGCAACACCUGAAUUAAGUCUGCUGGGAGAUGGAGACCAUUAGCCAAUCACAGGAGACCCAAAUCUGCUUGUUAUCUACAGAACUCAAAGUUGUCAAUACAUAGAGAUAACGCUUUUUUCCUCAGGCUUAAACCUUUGCCACUGAUAUUAAUAAUAAAAGUAUUAGAUUUUUCAGGGAAGUUUUAUACUUAGGUCCAUUGUGUUUUGACAGUAUUUAUUAAUGCAGAUAUCAGUGCUACAGCUAUAAAAUAUACCCUGAGCAGCUUAAUUCUAUAAAUGACAAAGUAAAGACUAUUUUUUUUAAAAGUCACAAUUUUAUAAAAAUGGUUUU